UGCCAACCCACUUCCUCACCAUACGUCAAUUAUUGCUGCAUCGCCCCGCGGGGCGCUUUCCCUUCUCUUUCUUUGCUCGCACCAUCAUGUCUCAGCCCGACCAAGCGCCGCUGGCGCCCGCAAAGCCUAAACUCCAUGGCCGCGCAUUCUACGAGAGCAUCGGCAGCCCCAAGCUUGUCCUUGCGCCCAUGGUCGAUCAGUCUGAAUUCGCAUGGCGAUUGUUAAGUCGUUCCUUCCUCCCAGCCGACCGCCAGCCCGAUCUCGUCGCAUACACGCCCAUGUUCCACUCGCGCAUGUUCCAUGAAGUGCCCAAGUACCGCGAUGCCAGCUUCCAGCCUCUACACCACACGAUUCCUUCGCCACCGGACGAGAUUCAUCUCAGGCAAUUCACAGCCGCCGAUGCGCACCUAGACGGGAACCCACUGAUGGACCGGCCUCUUUUCGUUCAAUUCUGUUCCAAUACCCCCGAUGAUUUCCUCGCGGCCGCGAAGCAUGCGGCGCCGUUUUGCGACGCCGUGGAUUUGAACCUGGGCUGUCCGCAGGGUAUCGCGAGGAGAGGACACUACGGAUCUUUUCUGCAGGAGGACUGGGACCUCAUACACAGCAUGAUCAAGAAGUUGCACGAGGAACUGUCGAUACCGGUCACGGCCAAGAUGCGGGUGCUGGAGACAAGGGAAAAGACGCUCGAGUACGCCAAAACAAUUCUGUCAGCUGGCGCGAGUGUGCUCGCCGUUCAUGGACGGCAGAGGCAUCAAAAAGGACAUGAAACGGGCUUGGCGGAUUGGAACACGAUAAAAUAUCUACGGGACAACCUGCCGCCGGAGACGGUGCUCUUCGCCAACGGCAACAUCCUUCAACACAACGAUAUCGCGGCAUGUUUGGAAGCAACUGGCGCGGAUGGUGUAAUGAGUGCAGAAGGCAACCUGCACGAUCCUACAAUUUUCGCCGGACCACCACCCGAAGGCCAAGAAACCAGGGAAUACUGGAAGGGCAGAGAUGGCAAGGGCGGUUACAGGAUGGAUGCGGUCUUUCGCCGGUACAUCGACAUUAUAUAUAAACAUGUCUUCAAGCAAGAACCGCCAGCGAGAAAGCCUCUUUUCUUACCUUCGGAUCCGGAUGUGGCUGAGGAGGAGAGCACCGAUGGUGAACCGCCAAGCAAGAGACAGAAAGUCAAGGAGGAGAAGGGCAAGGCGGAAAAGGGCAAGGCGGAAAAGGUCGUUAACCCGAACCUGACCGCUAUGCAGGCGCAUUUGUUCCGCAUGUUGCGUCCGCUUGUUUCGAAGCAUACAAAUGUUCGCGACGCUCUGGCUAGAUGCCGGACGGGCGACAUUGCCGCAUUUGAAAACGUCCUGCAAUUGACCGAAGCUGCGGUACGACAAGGGUUGAUCGAGUACGAAAGCAAUCCCGCGGCCUUCGAGGAGGCCAGUGAAGCCGUGGAUACCACGAAAGAACUCGACCCGUACGAGAGCUCUGUUGCUGCCGUGCAAAGAUGCAAGCGCCCGUGGUUCAUUUGUCAAGCCUAUGUGCGGCCGCUGCCCAAGGAAGCAGUGGCCAAGGGUAGCCUUACGUUGAGCAAAAAGCAGAAAGCGAAACUAGAGAAGGAAGAGGAAGAGAUGAAGAAGGCGGGUGUGCAACCAAAUGGACAUAUCGAAAAGGUGGAGGCGGUGGUAGACGGGAAGACGGAGAGCGCGGAGAUAGCAAAAGAAGGCAUGGUUUGCGGUUGAUCUGGUGAAACGAUAAACCAUCGCUUAGUCAAAUAAUGUAUCUUCAGUUACC